AUGCAGCAGUUGCAGCACUUCAGGCGGCCGUUGCAAACACUGCAGCGUCACAUUGUCGAGGCACCCAACACACCACAACACCCUAACACCCACUGCACGAUACUGCUAACACUAUACAAAACAGUGCACUACACCACUCCACACACACUGCGACAACCCUAUACCUUCAAACACCUAGAAUACACUCAACAACACCCUCCACAACACACUGCCCACCAAUACACUUCACAACACCUACAGCACCCAGAACACCUCCACAACACCUACACAAUACCAGAAUACCACUUCACAACACCCAAAAUACAGUUCACAACCUCCCUACCACAAAUUACUCAGAUUCACUUCACAACACCUCCGAUCCACCCUGAAUACACUUUUCCAACAACCCACCACACCACUCAGAAUUACACUUCCACAACACCCUCUCCACAACACCUACCCUCCACAGCACCACUGAAUACACUUCACAACACCUCACACACUUCACAACACCCACUCACAUCACACAACCAGAAUACACUUCACAACACCCUCCGCAACACCCAGAAUACACUUCACAACACCCUCCGCAACACCCAGAAUACACUACAACAAACACCAGAGAAUACACUUCCAACACUCCUACACACACCCACAACACCCUCUACAACAACCCACAACAACGUCUCCACAACAACCAGACACACUUCCCACCACCCUCCAACAACACACGCCCAGGCCCCCACAAAGCGCAGUUUCGCACAGCGACCCACCCCCAUCCAUCACAGCGGCGGGGUUCCCGAGCUGAGGGCAGUUGCAGAGUAG